CAACUGCUAAAAUCCUACACAACACCACACCUGAGCAAGAACAAGUUGAAGUUAUGAUUCCUAUGCAACCAUAUAUUGAUCUGUAAUAAUAACCGACAAAUAAACGAAAGAAAGCAUGGCUAUGUAUUUGAGACGAGCAGUCUCUUACCGGAACACAAUUCUACUUCUUAGAAGCGGAAGCUCUUCUCUGCAAUCCUACAGAAACUUGUCUCACGCUCUCUGCUAUCGCAAUUCGGGGAUCAUUGGGACCCAGUACAAUGACCCCACUCUUUCUUCUCUAGAGUUCCUGCGAGAUUUUCGCCGAGGUUUUGCCAAAUCCAAAAAGUCGAGGGAUGAUUCAGCUUCUGGGAGUACGGUUGAAUUUGUGGAUAUUGGGCCUACUGUUAAAGAAGCUGCUGUCUCACAGAUGGAUGCAGCAAUAGUUGCCUUGUCACGAGAAUUAACCAAACUAAGAACAGGAAGGGCAUCUCCAGGGAUGCUUGAUCACAUCAUUGUAGAAACCGGUGGCGUGAGGAUGCCCUUGAAUCAUUUAGCUGUCGUUUCGGUCUUAGAUUCUAAAACUUUAUCAAUAAAUCCUUAUGAUCCAAAUACUGUAAAAGAGUUAGAGAAAGCCAUUGUUUCAUCUCCACUAGGGUUGAAUCCUAAAGUGGAUGGGGAACGGUUGGUUGCAGCUAUUCCACCAUUGACCAAAGAGCACAUACGGGCUAUUUGUAAGUUGGUAUCAAAGACUUCUGAAGAUGUUAAACAGAGUAUAAGAAGAGCUCGGCAGAAGGCAUUGGAUACAAUGAAGAAAGCAGGUUCAAGUUUUCCUAAAGAUGAAGCAAAGAGACUGGAGAAAGAGGUAGAUGAGUUGACUAAGAAGUUUGUCAAAUCAGCAGAAGAUAUGUGCAAGGCGAAAGAGAAGGAAAUCACGGAAGGCUGAGUAAGCAAUGUGAUACGGUCCAUACGGAUAUCAUUUAAUAUCUUCUAAUUUAUAGACACCUGAAAUUCAAUUACUCUAUUCUGAAAGUUAUCUGUAGAUUUAGACGAAUAUUGGCUGUUCACUUCCUGAGAGGAUGGGGCAUGUCACAUUUAUAUGAGAAAAUCUAGAGAUCUGAUACUCUAUUACAAAAGCAUCCAAUACAAUUUGUUUUCCGUUGACUUCACCAUUCAAAAUAAUAGAUUUGGAGUUUUGAUUGUAA